CAUAAUUUCUAGUGCUAAAAAAAUUAAUGAUUUAAACGUUAAUGCAGCAUGGUUUCUCUACAAGACAUGUCCACAUUACAUUCACCAGGUUCGGCUCCAGUUUGUGAAAAAACUGGACGCCUAUGUGUGUUACCACAACGUGAAAUCCAAGGAAAUUCCUAUGUGCUAGCAUAUUAUCCCGAAAUCAACUUAAGUUGUGAUGCUUUCAAUAGCACCUCCAUAGCUGGCUCUUCGCUGUCCAAUAAAUGUGUUGAUUCUUGGCGCAAUGUUAUGGUGCCCGUCAACGAAGGUGUAGUAAAAAGAAUUAUACGCACAUUUUUUGAAAGUGGCUUCACUGAGGCUCUUAAUGAGGCCAGAGACAAUCAAACGGCCAACAUUAAUCCCAUGAUUUCUUCUACGGCCGAAUUUACUUUCCGUGCUAUAGAUUUCUUAAAACGUUUAAAGUCUAAAAUAUUUCCUCAUAUGAAAGAACAUGGUGUUGCUAGCAUUGCCAAACAUUCGGAAACUAGAGAUUGGAUAAGAUCAUAUAUACGCUGUAUUGUGUGGCAUCCAAAUUGUUUUAAAAUUGCUGUUGCUGGUCUGGAUGAUAUUGUGCGUAUUUACACAGAUGAGCCGGCUAUAGUUCCAGUACUAAAGAGUGCUUCCCAAAAAUGGAUAACAUCGAUGGCCUGGCGUCCCUACAGUUCUGGCGAAUUAGCUGUAGGUUGUCAACGAGGCAUUUGUCUCUGGACCAUGGAUAAUAACAUGAACAUUACACGUUCGACUUCACAGGCGGUGUUUUUAAAGAACCCCAAUCAUUGUCCCAUUACUUCGGUGCAGUGGAACACCGAUGGUACGCUUUUGGCAUCCGCUUCUAUUGGCGAUACAGAUGUCCUCAUAUGGAAUGUUGAUAAAAUGCAAAAUACUGCACUAAAGAGAGUCGGCCCACCAUGUUCGCUGUUGAAGUGGUCACCCGAUGGUUCAUGUUUAUUCUCGUCGACGGUGGGAAAUGUGUUUCGUGUUUGGUCUUGCGACAAUAAAUGGCAACCAGAAAGAUGGACCAUAGCGGCGGGUACCAUACAAUCGGCCUGUUGGUCUCCAUGUGGUGGUUUUCUAUUGUUUGUUACCUCCGAAGAGCCCAUAUUAUAUCGUUUACAAUUUUUCGAAGAGCAAUUGUUUCAAACUGGCUCUGCUCCCAAACAGGCUUUACCCGUGGCUGAUUUAACAAAAAUUACGGUAGGACAACGGGAAAUUGGUGGACAUCCUCAAUCUGUUGCCUGGGAUCCAAAUGGUCUCUUUUUGGCCAUUACCUUUAAAGACUCGCCCUGCAUUGCCAUUUUCUCCACUUGUAUACAAAAAUUCAACUUAAGCAUGUCACCCUCUUGUUUUAUAACUGGCAUCGGCAAUGAGUAUCCCUCGUACAUUUGCUUCCAAAGUAAAAAUCGUAAAAAUGCUGAUUCUGUUUUAACUAUAGGUUGGUCCAGUGGCCGUAUACAAUAUUUUCCUUUUGUCAAUAUGUAAAGUACUCGGAAAUAAUACUGAGGAACAUACAUAACUAUUUGAUAGUGUUCUUUUAUUUAAUUUAAUUUAAUUAACUUUAAUUUAAGUGGUAAACAUUUUGUAACUCAAAAAUAAAAUUUUUGUAUCGCUUUUUGUAUUUAUAACAAA